UCACUGUCUAGAUUGUGCUCUAGUCUCCUCAGCUUCCAUCUACCCAUCUGAUGUCUGAGGACAUUUCUUAUUCUGCUUUUCAGUGAUUUUGUUUCUUGUGGAGACCAAGAAAAACUUCAAAAGAAGAAGAGGGGGUUGUGAAGGAGGACAUGGCUUCUUGGUUUAGCUGGAAUGAGCCGUACUGCCGGAGCCCCCGGCGGGACCCGGCUGACGUGGUCACCGAGACCCUGAUGCUGGAGUUCAGCUGGCAGCUGAAGGAGACGGAGAGGCAGCAGAGAGAGAGGGAGAAUGAGUACCGGCGCCUCAAGACCGGAGUGGACUACAGCUGGCUGGCCAGCACGCCUCGGUCGUCCUACAACAUCAGCACCGGGGAGAGGCUCGGCCUGGAGGACCUCUGCUCCAAGGUGCCGCCGACCUGCUGCGGCCUGGUCAUACUCAAGUUCAGGGAGGCAAUGCAGGUCAAUGAACCUGAGGUGCAGGAGGUGUCCGCCCUGUUUCGCUCCAUCCUCCUGGAGGCUCUGGAUCACCUGAAGGAAGAGCAGGAAGCGCAGCGGCUCGCCCACCAGUGGAACAACAGACGUGCCAUGAGCAUGUCCCUCGUGAACUUCAGGUCCCGGAUCAAGAUCAACCCGUUCGGAAGCACAGUGGGCCUGACCACAGUGGCCGACGGGACGGGGUUGAGCGACCUCAAAACCGUGUCAGAGGAUGUGGAGAGAGUGAUGGAGAGGUCGCAGACGGUGUGGAGCAUGCCUGACUUCAGAUAUAAAGGAACCAGUAGCAGUAAGGUUGUCUGAUAAGGGGCGUUUCCGUGGGACAAAUGUUGAUCUCCAGGACUCUCUGCUGCAGUAUGUCCACUUUGCACACCAGGCGAGGCAGGAAUGAAUCCCACAAUCCUCCUUCUCUUUUCAGUAUGAGACCAAUCAGCAUUUGAUCUAUUUACUGCUUUACCUUCACACCUGAAAGGUCAAUAACUUGAAAUCACAUCUUUUAGACUUGAAACCGGUUUCACUUUGCAUAAGAUUAUCGCCUCUUGCAGUAAUGCGGCUUAUAUUUUGUAGACAUUGGCAAUUAAGCAUUGAGGGCUGUUUACUGUAGGCCUGAUAGGGAUUUUUUUUAAUGUAAUUUAAAGACAUUCUUGACUCCUUAAUGUUGAAGGAACAAAGGAAAAAUGUGUUGGUGUUAUUUCGACACACAACACAAAAUGAAUGCAGAGUUGAAUGAUCUUUUAUGACUGAAUAUUUUGCAUGAGAUUGAUGGAUAAAUUGUAUAUACAAAUUAUCGCUAAUUGUCGCUAAAUGCUCAACAUUGACUUCAUUCAGAGGGUGAGUCAUGCUCUCCCUCUACUGACUGCUCUUGGUUUUCUCCCAACAGCACACAAGGAGUCAGCACAAUAAUUCAUCAUUCAAGGUCAGCACACUGAAAGCUUUCCUUCUGUUCAUUUGUAUAAGGCCGUCAAAAAAGAAAUUAUCACAAAAUGUUACCAGACCUUUUUGAGUGAAGUAAAGUCUUUCCAGCAGUU